GUGGCUGGCGGUCGAGCGAAGUAGGCUCAGGUGGCAAGCAAAGCGUAGCGGUCGUGCAGCAAGUGACGGUGGCGGUGGACAGGUGAACAAGCAUUGACACGAAGUGUAGGAUCAAUUGUAGGACAGGGGGAUGAAAUCAUUAUUGAAGGGCUGGUAAUGUCCCGGCUACCCAUUCCAUGGAAACACUCGCGACUGUUUAGGCAAGAGCUCAUUCCGCCUGUGAGCUUCGUACCCGGUCACAUUUUUACCUUUAAAAAUCAGCCGUUCGUUUCGUGGGGUUACUUGAGAGUGGUAAGUGUUCUUUCAGCCCUCAUUCCAUCGUAGUUUGAUGACGGCCAAUAAUUUUAACUUCUAACGCGGUCUAGAUGAAAGGACUAUCGCACGGCAUCUUGUUGUCGUCUUUUCUGCUCGCUUGAAAGAAGGUUCCCAGUGAUCGUUGGCUGCCGUGAAGACUACCAACUCCCCCGUUGUUACCUUUUUUCCCAAAUGGAGUUUACAACUCCAUCGGCGGCGUAUUUACUUUAGUGUAAGAUAAACUGUGGAAGAGAACGUGGGCAAAUCGGUCGUAGACUAGCAAGUGGUGCACGUGGCUUUUCGGUGUCGUCGAAGAGGAGUGUUCGAAGGACGAGUGUUUGUUUGGACGUUUGUUUUGGAUAAAAGGAAUAGAGAUUACUUUUUGGUUGCUUUAGGGGUGGUAUGUGGAUGAAUUUUAGGCGCCAUGGAUCCCAGUGUGCUCGCAAAUAUGGACCGGGACGCAUUAAAGAAGCAAAUCGAGAAUAUGAAGUAUCAAGCAACAAUGGAGCGAUGGCCUCUAUCUAAGAGUAUCGCAGCGAUGCGAGACUAUGUAGUGGAAAAUGAGAAAAACGACCCACUAAUACACGCCCCCGAUAAGAAAAACAACCCUUGGGCGGAGAAGGGGAAAUGCGUACUCAUGUAAUACCAAGAGAUGCCAGAGUAAUCAUGUAAUUACUUCUAUGACUACAGAUACUUAUCUAUCGACCAAUUUUCAUCCAUUAACGCUAGUUGUAUUAUUUACAUGGAUUUUCGCAUUCAACUCAUUCUUAUUAAAACUACAUACAACCACACAUUAAUUGGAUAAAGAAGUGUUUUUUCAACUUUCAAUAGUAGAAUGUUAUCGAAUAACUAAUAAUAUUAAAAAUAGCCGGACAUAAUGUUCGCUGGAGAUUCAACAGCUCUAAUCAGAAUAAUAUGAUUUACAUAGAGUAAUAUAAUUAUAAAUAUGAAAUUCAAAAUAAAUACAAAAAUCUAGCAUAGUAAAUUGGAAUCAAUGAUUUUUUUCCUGAAAAGUUAUGUUGGGUAAUAAUCACUGUCUUCGUAUUAUAUGGAAAGCGAUUAGGUUUCUGCUUUAAUGUAGUAAUGAAAUUUUAUACACCUAAAAUAAAUCUUAGGGUAAAUUUACUGUAAAAUUACAACACCCUGUAAUGCUAUGAAUUCUAUCGAAGAAUAUCUGCCACUUACUGCUACUAAACACCGACGCAACUAUGUUUCCCUUGAAAUGUCUGUCGCUAGAAAGUAAAUUUAAUAGACACUCCCUUAAGCAUAAAUGAAGGCUCACAGAUCUUCCAAUCCCCGCUAAAAAAUUAAAGCAACUCAAAAUGGAAUGAGCGAAAUUUUAGCUUUUCUUUUUAUAUAUUAAUUUAAAUUAACUUCAUGAAUUUACCCUUAGGGUAAACUAAUUUGUUUAGGCUUCCGAAUUAGAGGAAAAUGAAUUAGAGAUUGUAGUUAAAACACCAGUUAAUUACCAAAAUGGAACAAUUAUGUAGUCAAAGUGAAGAAAAUGUUAUGAAAAUAUAUAAAUUCUAGUUUUUGAAUAAAUGAAAUUCGUUAGAAAUGUUACAAAUGAUUUGUUUUGUAUUUCAGUUUUCGUUUAAUUUUCGACCACAUGUUUUUUAUGAAUAAUUAGAGAAAAACUUAGCCACUGUUAUUUCAAAUCAUUAAAUAUUCUAGAGUCCACAUGCGGAAACAUCUAGAUAUUUUACAAAGGUAGCCAAUCAAACGUACCUACAAGAUAAGCAAGUAGAAAUAAAGGGAUUUGGAAAAACUAAGGUCAUAUGAACAUCACCAAAUUUCACAUAAGUCCAGUGACCAAAUGUGCUAAAGAGUGCUUUACGAGUACUUAAUAUAAUAUCAAAAUAAAAAUAGCGGUAAAAACAACAUCAUUAAAAUAAACGGUAGCAGUAAUGUAUCAACAAAAUUUAGCAGUUUAAAAUUAAAGGUUAGGAAUUCAGUGAAAGUAUGUUUUUAACAGCAAAGAGGAAGUGAGUAUAGGAAACAUAAUAAACGAAUUGAAAGUGAACGAUUAUACUCGUAUUUAAUUAGAACAACCACUUAAUUUGUAUUUUUAAAUUUUCUAUUGAUAAAUAUACCAAAUUAGUAGCAGCAGCUAUUGUAUAAUCAAUUUGCAACCUAAAAAGGUAACAUUACCAUAUUAAGGGAAAGUUAGUCCGUGCUAGUAUAUUGGCAAUUUUUACGAUUUUCUAGACUUUAAGAUUUCGGACUAAAAAAAUAAAUAAACUCAGUUUAAUCAGAUUUAGUUUGAAUGUAGACAUUCAACAAUUGGAUAUUUUAAAGGAUAAAAAAACAAAAUUUAAUCUUUUUAUAACAAUGAUGAGAUGGCAUGCAAACAUUUCACUUAAAUAUAUUAAGAAAUAAUUCAAUAAAUAAAUUACAAAUAAAAAUGAAAUUUAAAAUCAAAUCAUUCUUAAAAUAAAAUUGAAUUAAAUUUUAGAUUUAGAUAUAUUUGAAUUAUUUUAUUGAGAUAAAAUUAAAAAUAUUUGAAUGAAUAGAGGUUCUGAAAUGAAAUAAAAGUAUCGUUUCUGAAUGUAACAUAAAAUUAAAUAAAUGCAUCAAAAGAAAAAUGGAAGCAUCAAAAGGACUUUUCUUUGUUGAACCAAGUACCACUAAGCUAGUAUAUCUGAGAAUUCUUAUUUUCAUCUUUUUUAAACACCAUAACACCAAACUUUUUAAAAAAAAUAAAAACUAGCUACCCCUGUGCAGAUGCAAGUCAUAAUUUAGUCCUAGUUUGAGAAAUUACACUUAAAUAAAGGUUUUUCUCAAUGUUAUAAUUAUACAGGAGGUAUCUAAUCAUGCAAGAUUGUUGGAUAUGAGUAUUUCUAUUCCAUCAAUGAAAACUACUAAAUUCUAUCGAAGAACGGACUAGUCAGAAUAUCGUGUAGAAUAUCCUUGGAUUAUCGUUUUGCUUUAUUAAUUUCUAAUACGAAGCAAUUUACACAGUAUUCUAACAACUUUAUAAAAAGAAAUGAAUUACACGCAGAAGGAGCAAUUGCUCUUGAGAAUAAAUUCACACAAUGCCUUUUAAGUAGAAAGCUAUCACAGAAAGCAUUUAAAAGCAUCUACACAUAACCUCACACAAACAAAAAUCAUACAAAGAUGAGAUGGUGGAUUGAUUAGUUUGAUAAUAAUAUCACAAUUGAAUAGUCGUCAUUAAUGUUAUAAAUAGAAAAAAAGCCUGAUUUAGCAGUCCUUUCUUCGAGCCAGAAUCCCCUGAAAUAAAAACCCCAUACAUAUAGUUAGUGUGACAGUAAAGUAUCUCCGGUUGGCUAUAACGUUGAGAAAAAGCAACGCCUCUUUCAUGCUGUUCACAUAGAAACACCUACUAUCAAUAUUUCGUGAAUUGGAUGAAUAAACUGAAUUAUUUAUUUUUCCAAUAAAAGCAAUUAAUUUAAUAAUUUUUACAGUAUGGAAUAGCAACGUCAUAUUAUCCAAGUCUAAUAUAGAAGCAACAUUUUUUAGAUUAUAAUCAACUAGCUGACAAAAAUCUGAGUAAAUCCACAUAAUAAAGAAUAGAUGAGAUAAUUUAGCUUUGAAUUGGAUAUCAUAAACGAAAGAUAUUUACGAAGGAGAAAUUAUGCGUACAGAAUAUUUAUUUAACUUGAUACAGUUAUUAUUACUAAUAACCUCAUCAAUAUUUUGUUUAUAUUAAUUAUUUACAAUGACAUAAAACCGAUCUUCCUUUCAAACAAAUAGUGAAAAAUUAAAGAAACCGUUCAUUACGUGGUAGAUGGUAACCUAAUAAUAUACAAUAUUGUAGUGAAAUAACAUGGAAAUAAAGCAAAAGCUUUUAAAAAUUCAACCAAAGCAGCGUCGUAGUAUUAAAAGUUAACUAGUUUACAGAUGAACAAUAACAGAUAAUAUUAAAUAUAAUCUAAUCAAGUCAGUCAUUAUUGUAAUUAUCAUACAGUUUACAUUGCCAAACUAUAAAUCCACAGAUAUAAAAGUAGCCUGACAUCAUUUUAAUUAUAAAAUAAAUUAUCAAUUAUCAGCAAAACUGAAAAAAAAACUAUCUAUUCCAUUUGAUACGAAACGAAGAGAUGAAAUACAGUAGAAAAGUAGAAGGAAAUACAUGUGAAGCAAUACCAAAAGGGAGAAAAAUAUUACCAACUACCUAUUUCUCAUUUAUUUAUUAUUAAAAAAAUAUUGAACUAAAAUUAAAAAAUAUUCAACUAAAAACGGCAAAUUUUAAAAAGUUUUGUUUUCAAUUUACAAAACUACACAAAAAUAAAUAAAACAAAGGAUAAAGAGAGAUUUUGUUGAAUUUAACAUGAAAAUGGUGAUGAAAACAUAAUUCAAAAUUAAAACUGAAAGAAUAAAGUUAUAUAGCGAUAUGAA